CCAAAGCCGCCAGAACUGCAGCCCAGAACCGGCAAGGCCAGGCAGGCCAUGGGGCUCUGGGCGCUGCUGCCCAGCUGGGUUUCUGCAACGUUGCUACUGGCACUGACCGCCCUGCCCGCAGCCCUGGCCGCCAACAGCAGUGGCCGAUGGUGGGGCAUCGUGAACAUAGCCUCCUCCACAAACCUGCUGACGGAUUCCAAGAGUCUGCAGCUGGUGCUCGAGCCCAGUCUGCAGCUACUGAGCCGCAAGCAGCGGAGACUGAUCCGACAGAACCCGGGGAUCCUGCACAGCGUGAGUGGAGGGCUGCAGAGCGCUGUGCGGGAGUGCCAGUGGCAAUUCCGGAACCGCCGCUGGAACUGCCCUACCGCUCCCGGGCCCCACCUCUUCGGCAAGAUCGUCAACCGAGGCUGCCGGGAAACAGCAUUUAUCUUCGCCAUCACCUCCGCCGGGGUCACACAUUCGGUGGCGCGCUCCUGCUCCGAAGGCUCCAUUGAGUCUUGCACCUGUGACUACCGGCGGCGCGGCCCUGGGGGCCCCGACUGGCACUGGGGGGGCUGCAGCGACAACAUCGAUUUCGGCCGCCUCUUCGGUCGGGAAUUCGUGGACUCUGGGGAGAAGGGGCGGGACCUGCGCUUCCUCAUGAACCUUCACAACAACGAGGCAGGGCGCACGACCGUGUUCUCGGAGAUGCGCCAGGAGUGCAAAUGCCACGGGAUGUCCGGCUCGUGCACGGUGCGCACGUGUUGGAUGCGACUGCCCACGCUGCGCGCGGUGGGCGACGUGCUGCGCGACCGCUUCGACGGCGCCUCCCGCGUCCUUUACGGCAACCGGGGCAACAACCGCGCUUCGCGGGCGGAGCUGCUGCGCCUGGAGCCCGAAGACCCGGCGCACAAGCCGCCCUCCCCUCACGACCUGGUCUACUUCGAGAAGUCGCCCAACUUCUGCACGUACAGCGGACGCCUGGGCACAGCCGGCACAGCGGGGCGUGCGUGCAACAGCUCGUCGCCGGCUCUGGACGGCUGCGAGCUGCUGUGCUGCGGCCGGGGCCACCGCACGCGCACGCAGCGCGUCACCGAGCGUUGCAACUGCACCUUCCAUUGGUGCUGCCACGUCAGCUGCCGCAACUGCACGCACACGCGCGUGCUGCACGAGUGUCUGUGA